AAAAGAAAAAGAAGAAAAUCUCAGGGCAUGGAAGACAAAAUAACUGUAUUCUUUCAAGUAUUAUGGUCAUAUUUAUCUUUUGGGACGAUAUAAGACAUAGAGUGUCAAUUUGGGCGGAGAGUGCGGCAGCCAAGGAAAACUAAUGCCCGUAGUAUUCCACAAAAUUUUAGAAAAUGUUUGGGUUGUUUCUGUUUACUUCUUCCUGCACCAGCGGUCAGGCUGAAAGAAAUUUGCUAAAUCUCCAUAAACGACACGACUUCUCCAGUACGGUUGCUGUUGGCUUCCAGUACUGUUGCUGUUGACUUCUUUCCUGCACCAACUGGCUAGUUACAUCCAAGAACAUGCCUCACACGCAAUCUAAUUACGUCGUCAUCACAGCCACCACAACUACCAUCUCCUCUUAUGAAAAAUAUGGCCGGAUUUGGCGUCGAUAUUCAUCUGUUGGCAUAUUCAUUCAUCGCACUAAAGCCCCUCGUGAUCAUCAGGUCCCAUUCUCAUCGCCUUAUGUCCCUUUACCUGUUUCCUCUGACCAACUUCCAAGAACUUGCUCUACUCGCUCUUGGUAUAGCAUUGAGAUACAUUCUGAUCACGAGAUAGAAGUGGAUGAACAACUUCAAAAAUCCGUCAUUCAGAUUAUAAAGGAAAGAGACUUGGACUUGUUGAAAAGAUUUGGUGGUGUUCAAAAGGUUGCUUCAGUUCUUGGUUCUGAUUUGGAGACUGGGAUUAAUGAAGACCAAGGCUUACAAUCACUGAUCAGUAACCCGGUUUGUGCAAAUGGAUUUAACUCCAAUGUCCUGCAAGUUUGCAACAGCUCCACCAUUUUUCUGCUCUUGAUCUCUGCUGGAUUGUCGUUUGCCAUUGAGAUAAUGGAACAAGGGGCCCAAUAUGGAUGGCAUGAUGGGGUUGCUAUACUCGUUGCUGUAUUUGUGCUUGUUUCUUUCCGUUCAAUUGCAAACUUUCACCAUCAAAGGCAGCUGGAGAAGCAGCAAUUGGAGAAGAAGAACAAAUUGGAAGUUAAAGUUGUAAGAAAUGGAAGAGACAAGCUCAUAGCGGUAGCUAAUCUUGUUGAGGGUGAUUUAGUGCGUUUAGAGAAGGGUGAUAGAGUUCCAGCUGAUGGUUUAUAUGUGAAUGGCGAUACCUUGGUUCUGGAUGAAGUAUUGAAUUCCAAAAUUGACUAUCACGAGAGCCCAUUUCUCUCCUCUGGAUCAAAGGUAGUUGAGGGGCAUGGUCAUAUGCUAGUGAUAUUGGUGGAUGCUAAUAAAGCAUCAGAUGACCCUAAUAAAAGAACCUUUUUAGAAACACAAAUUGAGAAACCAAACUCUUAUGCGGACAAGCUUGUUCUUUCAAUAUCCUUGCUAAUUGCUUUUAUUGUUUUAAUGGGGUUGGUAUUUAAGAGACAACGCCGGAAUGAUGACAUUUUACCAGAACUGAAGGGGAAUACCAAAAUCGAUGUGCUGAUAGAGAUAUUUGAGAGUAUGUUUUGGAGACCCAGAGGAAGAAUUUGCGUUCUCACAGGCGUGCUUACAGCAAUUGCAAUAGGAAUGCAACAUGGAAUGUCUUUUGCAAUUACAGCUUCCCUCUCCUAUUGGAAUGGGAAGCUGGAGUUAUCUGGGGUGAAGCCUCAAACUUUAUCAGCUUGUGGUACCAUGGGCCUUGUUACUGUCAUCUGCAUUGAUGCAUCUGGUGGACUAAUCUGUAAUCAGAUGGAGGUUAACGAAUUUUUUAUUGGUGAAGAAAAUAUGAAUGAUGAUGAAGUUUGCGAGACUAGCCCGGUUGUUCUUGAAGCUCUAGGCCAAGGUAUUGGUGCUUCCACUCUUGUGACUGGGGGGUCAGUAAGACCAAUAGAUGAUUUGCUUGCUGCUUGGGCAAAGUCCAGGUGGGGAGCAAAUAUGGAACUAUCAGAUCAAUGCUUCUCUGUUCUUGAUCAUGGAAUACUUGAAUCUAACAAGAAUUGCAGUCGAGUUGUAAUUAAGAAAAAUGGAGAUGAUGAGGGGAUUCUGCAUUUGCACUUGAAAGGAGAUGCAUCAACAAUAUUGAACUUUUGUUCACAUUACUAUAAUACCAAGUGGGAAGUUCAUGCCAUAAAAGAUCAGAGAAGAGAUUUUGAGCAAGUGAUUGAAAAUAUGGAGAGCAGAGGUCUCACAGCAAUUGCUUAUGCAUGUAAGCAAAUGGAGACUACAAAAUCUAGAGCAGAGCAUUUACACUUGCUGGCAUUGGUGGGUUUGAAAUGCUCGUUUCAGGAAAUUGUGGAAGCUCUUACGAAUGCUGGAGUAAGCAUCAAAUUAGUAUCACAAGAUGAACUUUCAGCAGUAAGAGAUAUAGCUCACCUACUUGGAAUUAAUCCUCCUCCUUCAGAUGGUAUUGAGCUUGAAGGUGCACAAAUUCGAGACCUGGCGGACACUGGCAGGAUAGGGAAAAUAGAGGAGGCCAGUGUAAUGGGAAGUUGCCUAUCUGAGGACAAGCUUCUUAUAGUCAACAGUCUGAAACAAAACGGUCAUGUGGUUGCAUUUGUUGGAGGGUUAUCGACAAAUGACGCUCCUGCUUUAAAAGAAGCCGAUCUAGCGAUAACAAAGGAAAACCAGAGCACAGAAAUGGCCAGAAAAUGCUCUGACAUUGUUCUUUCAAAUGAAUGUUCAUUAAGAUCAUUACCUGAAGUUCUGAAAUAUGGUAGAUGUGCUUACAACAACAUACAGAACUUCACUCAACUUCAGCUGACUGCUUGCAUUUCCGGGCUACUGAUAAAUCUUGUUGCUGCAAUAUGUUUGUGGGACUCACCACUACCAGCAAUUCAAUUAAUUUGGAUGAAUUUCAUACUUUGUGUUCUUGGGUAUCCAAUGAUGGUAAUGGAGUUGAGAAGUCAGGAGCUCAUAGCCAAUCCACCGGCUAACCGGGCCGAGCCACUGCUAACGAAAGCCAUAUGGAAAACCAUAGCUACUCAAGCUUUGUCCCAAUUUGCUCUCUUAACAACCUUGCAUUUAGUUGGCCAAGUUAUACCAAGCAUAAAUGAACAUACAUGGAAGUCAUUAGUCUUCAACAGCUUCAUGCUAUGUCAGGUAUUCAAUCAGUUCAAAGCCAUGGGCAUACGAAGCAAAGAAGUAGCAGAAGCUGUCCUUCACCACUACUGGUUUCUGCUGGCUUUAGGGACGGUGACGGUAAUGCAGGUACUCAUAACUGAGUUUGGGACAAGUCUAACUCGUUUUAAGAGGUUGAAUUUGGUGCAGUGGGUUACAAGUUUCAGUAUUGCUCUACUUUCAUGGGGCUUGGGAAAUGCUGUGGAAUUGAUUUCAGUCUUAUUCUCAAAGUGGUUUUCAAGAUCAUGCGGUUCAAAUCAUGCUGGGUCAUCAAGUAGGAGGAGGAGGAGGCCUUUGUCAUUUGUUGUUUCAUUGUUGGGCAGUCCAUUUUCUAUCUACUUUUUAUUUUCUUUACCUUACUACUUCUACCCAGAUAACUCCCAGGCCUUUCGACGCUAAAUACGUCAGGUCGUCUUGUUUAGCUUGUCUAUGUUAAAUUGAUAGCCAUCAUUUUUGUUUCUUGUAAAUAAUGCGUACCAAUCUUGUAGAUAAGGUCUUUGUUUAGCACAGUAAAUCAAUGGAAACACUUCUCCUUGGCUUCCUUUCAGUUUAAA